GGCCGCAACCGGAAAGCACCUCUCUGCUAUCCUAAUUCCUAUCCGCUCUCCCUCUUUAUAAACCUAGCUCCAGCCAUCCUUCACAAGUGGAGCCACACAAAUCACUAGCUAGCAUCUUAAGAUAGCAAGCGCUCAAGCUCGACACGCAUGGAGUCCAGCACGAUGCGCCGCGGCUGCGUGCUACUUGUCUCCCUUGCCCUGCUCCCUCUGCUGGGAAUGGCCGUGGACUCCAUCGGCAGCUACUGCGCCGGCAGCAACAAGGCCGUGGCCAGCAUCAACUCCGUCCUCGCCGACCUCGUCGCCACGGCCUCCACCGGGGGCUACGCCACGUCCACCGCCGGCAAGGGCAGCACCGUCAUCUACGGCCUCGCGCAAUGCCGCGGCGACGUCUCCGCUGGCGAAUGCGCCGCCUGCCUCGCCGACGCCGCCAAGCAGCUCCCCAGCACCUGCAGCUACAGCUCCGACGCAAGGAUCUGGUACGACUUCUGCUUCAUGCGGUACGAGAACGCCGACUUCAUCGGGCAGGCGGACACGGACGCCGGCGUGAUCCUGGUGAACGUGCAGGCGGUGGACAACGCCAAGGCGUUCGAGAAGGCGGUGGCGAAGGUGGUCGGGAAGGCGACGGCGCAGGCGUCGGCGGCCGGCAGCGCGGGGCUCGGGCGGGCCAAGGACCAGUACACGCCGUUCGUGACCGUCUACGGGCUGGCGCAGUGCACGCGGGACCUGGCGCCGCUGGCGUGCGCGCAGUGCCUGUCCACGGCGGUGUCCCGGUUCGGCGGCUACUGCGGCGCGCGGCAGGGGUGCCAGAUCAACUACAGCAGCUGCAGGGUGCGCUACGAGAUCUACCCCUUCUACUUCCCGCUCGCCGGCGACGGCGGCCGCGCCGCCACCGACAUGGCCAGGAACACCAAGAUCGUCGUGCACCCUUGAUAUGUUGUGCGUGCGUGCGCCGUGCGCGUGUAAUAAGCACUGUUCAUCUACAUAACCGCCGUUUAGACACGCUACACAAUGACAAGUUGUGUCCGUUUAAUCAGCUGUUUAGCAGUAAUAAUCUUUUAACCCGUUUUGUUUAGUCCGAGUAAAUAGCUAAAUAGUAGAUGAUCGACUAUUUAGCAUUUACUGAUUAGGUUAAUAAUGGUAAUAAGGUGGCACAUCAUGCAUGAAUGAAGUGACUUGCUUGAUGUACGUUGGAUAAGGCUAUAAAGAAAUAGCCUUCGCGCG